UCAAUAUCGGCUUCAACUACGGGAAGCCAUAGCCGGAGCCGGAAGAUGGGACGAGACGGAUAGAGAAAAUAGGAAAAAGAACAAGAAGGUUUUUGGUUCAUUUCCGAUUAUCUUGCAAGAGAAAGAAAGUGGAAGGUUGAACUGUGAAAUCGAUGAUGGGUUUUGCAAUGGGAAGCACUUGCUUUCUUCAGUCUCCGCUUUAUGUUUCUCGCUUUCCAUUUUCUUCAGUUCCAUCUUGUUCUUGUUCUUCACAAUCAAAUUCACUACCCUUAAGAAACGUUGAGGGGAAACAGAGAAGUGGAGUGCCGGCGGCUCUGAGGAGCAAAAGUUACUCGAACGAUGAUGGAUUAUGCAAGAGGAGGGCGAUUUUGUUUUUGGGUAUUUCUGUCUUCCCGAUUCUGCAAUUCAAGGCUCAAGCUCUUGACGGUUCGGCUACAGAGAAAACUGAUGUGAAGGCUCAAGAAGGGAAUCAAAAUAUUGAGCUAGCGGCCCAGAUAGAGAAACCACCAAAUCCUUUUGUAUCUAUUCUCAAUGUAGUUGGAGUUUUUGGUUCGGGGGUGCUCGGAUCACUCUAUGCAGUAGCUCAAAAAGAGAAAAUGGCUGCCGAAUUGGCGAUAGAAUCUAUAAGUACUAAACUAAAGGAGAAGGAAUCUUCCAUUAUUUCAAUGAGGAGAAGCUAUGAUUCAAAGUUACAGAGUGAACAGGAAGAACAUGCGAAGCAAUUAAGGAAGGCAAAGGAAGAACAGACUUCUUUGGUGAACCAACUAAAUACAGCCAAUGUCACUAUUGGACGCUUAGGGCAAGAGAUAAGAAAUGAGAAAGGAAAAAUAGAAGAGCUCAAUGUUUGCAUUAGUAACCUGCAAAAAGACCUCUCAAAGACUGAGGAAGAUAAGCAUAUACUCGAGGCAAAACUGCAAGAAAGUCUUGAAUCUAUUGAGCUUUUACAAGAAAGGGUUAACUUGCUUGGUUUGGAGCUCAAGGAUAAGGAGGAUUAUAUUCAAAAGAUCAAUUCUUCCCUUGCAGAAAAGGAGGUAGAAUUGAAGAACCUGUUGUCCUCCUACAAUCAAGCAAAGGAUGAACUGGUUGCUGCCCAUUCAGAGAUUCGAGGUUUGAAGGACGAGCUUCAGAGCAAUAAGGAAGAACUUGAGAUGAGGAUUUCUAUGGUGGAUGAAUUAAAUGCUGAUGUAGCUUCUUUGGUCCUUACAAGAGACGAUUAUAAGAGAAAAUUGGAUGAUGCAGAGGAUGAGUACGAUCGUCUUAAAAUAUCUUCGGAAAAGAAGGCAUCAUUAGAUGCUAAACUUUUAGGAGAAAGAGAUCAGGAAAUUCAGGAACUGCAAGAAAAUCUUAGGAUUGCUAUCAAAGAAGUGAAUGGAAACCAAACAAGAAUUAAUGAUCUGACACAAGAAAGAGACGUUUUGAAAAAGAAGUUGGAAUUAGAAUCAAGUAAUGCACAAACACUGAAAGAUGAAUUGGAAGUUACUCGAGAAAAUCUUAGCAAAUCAAGAAACCAGGCUUCUGACCUUACAAAUCAGUUAGAGGAAUCGAAAAGCAAGUGCACAGAACUUCAGUCUGAGGUUUCUAGACUGCAGGCUGAAUAUGAUGAAGUUAGAAAUUCAUUACAAAGCAAGUUUGAAGAGGCAAAACAGAAUGGUGAAAUCUUAGCCAGUGAGCUUUCAGAAACCAAGGAACAGUUCAUGAAAACAAAUGAAGAGUUACAAAAAGCAUCUCAUGAGCUGGCGAUUGUCAUUGAAAGUCGCAAUGGUUUACAGAAGGAAUUGGAUGAUGUUUUUCAAAGGGCAGAAACAAUAAGCAACGAUUUAGAAGAAGAGAGAAAAGUAGUUUUUUCUCUCAACAAAGAAAUUCAAACGUUGGAGAAGCAAAAUCUGAAGGACAAGGAAGCACGAAAGUCUCUUGAAACGGAUUUGGAAGAAGCGAUCAAGUCACUCGAUGAGAUGAACCGCAAUGCAUUGUUACUUUCUAAAGAAUUGGAGAAGUCAAAUUCCCACGUGGCCAAUCUUGAAGACGAAAAAGAAGUGCUUCGUCAGAGUAUCACCGAUCAAAAGAAUGCCACCAUAGAAGCACAGGAAAAUUUAGAAGAUGCACAUAACCUUGUCAUGAAACUUGGAAAAGAAAGAGACAGUUUUGAGAAGAAGGCAAAGAAACUGGAAGCAGACUUGGCAUCUGCAAAGGGUGAAAUAUUGAGGCUCAGGAGUGAAAUGAAGUCAUCCAAAGCCAUAGUGAACAACAAUCAGCAACAGGCAAAUGCUGAAGCUGAAGGCAAGGUCAAAGUUACCGUCGCCAAGAAAACUGCCAGGAGGAGAAAGCCAACUACUCAGUUGGAUAAAGAACUGUCAUGAGUGUCGUUUACUCUUAACCCGUCUUUGCCCUUAUCCAUCCCUCCAACAUCUUUUUAUCCUGUUACUCUCUUGCCCAGCUAGGCGCUAUUGGUCUUUUUCUUGCCAUAGCCCUUUGUAUUCUACUAAUAAAAUAGCAAGUAACAAGAUGUUGUCAAUUGUCCAUGCUGCCCUCCAUAUCGUCGAUGCCGAACAACACGAUAGUUUAACAAGCAGCAUAUUCAAGUGAUCAAGAAACCUAGUUUAACAUACUCUACCAUUUCUAUGUAAGUUGCUAAAAAAAAGCAGAGAGGAUGUAUGAUUGUGUCAAGCUUGUCAUAUAUAAUUAGACGAGGCUGAAUCUAAAAUUGUUGUGGAUCCAUUUUGUACUUUGUAUUGCUCAGCAGUGAAUAUUGGAAAAAGAGUGCAAUUUUUCAUCAUCAAAUAAACAUUUCUUUAUCAGCAGCU